AUGGAGCCCACCACCGCGAGCGAGGAGAGUGGAGGAGGCGCGGCGACAGGGGAGUGCGUGAAUAGGAUCCUGGUGCCAAGACCGCCCUCCAUUGAGGAAUUCACUAUAGUGAAGCCCAUUAGCCGGGGCGCCUUCGGGAAAGUGUACCUGGGGCAGAAAGGCGGCAAGUUGUAUGCAGUGAAGGUUGUCAAAAAAGCAGACAUGAUCAACAAAAAUAUGACUCAUCAGGUACAAGCUGAGAGAGAUGCACUGGCGCUAAGCAAAAGCCCUUUCGUUGUUCACUUGUAUUAUUCACUGCAGUCGGCAAGCAAUGUCUACUUGAUAAUGGAAUAUCUUAUUGGUGGAGAUGUCAAGUCUCUCCUACAUAUAUACGGCUAUUUUGAUGAAGAGAUGGCUGUGAAAUAUAUUUCUGAAGUAGCAUUGGCUCUAGACUACCUUCAUCGACAUGGAAUCAUUCACAGGGACCUGAAACCAGACAACAUGCUUAUUUCUAAUGAGGGUCAUAUUAAACUGACAGAUUUUGGCCUUUCCAAAGUUACUUUGAAUAGAGGUCUUGAAACACUUGCCUCUAACCCAGGAAUACCUGUGAAGUGUCUAACUUCUAACCUACUCCAGUCUAGGAAAAGGCUGGCUACGUCCAGCGCCAGUAGUCAAUCCCACACCUUCAUAUCCAGCGUGGAAUCAGAAUGCCACAGCAGUCCCAAGUGGGAACAGGAUUGUCAGGAAAGUGACGAGGCACUGGGCUCUACAGUGAGUUCGAAUACAGUUGAAAAGUUAUGUGCAACAUCUACAAAUGCUAUCGAAACCAAAAGUUUCCACAAAAAGGAUCUUGAGUUAACCCUUUCUCCCAUUCAUGACAGCAGCGCCAUUCCUGCUGCUGGAAGCUCUUGCGUAAACCUUGCUAAAAAAUGCUUCUCUGGAGAAGUUUCUUGGGAAGCAAGAGAACUGGAUGUAAAUAAUAUAAAUACAGCCACUGACACAAGACAGUCUGUUUUCCAUCAGGCACAUCAGUGGGCUGUAGAUUCUGGUGGUAUGUCUGAAGAGCUCCUUGGGAAAAGAGGUUUAAAAAGAAAUUUUGAGUUGGUUGACUCCAGUCCUUGUCAGAAAAUUAUACAGAAUAAAAAAAAUUGUGCCGAGCAUAAGCAGAGUAAUGAAAUGAUGGUUUGUUAUGCAGAUCCAAGUACAGGUUUAACAGCGGAAGUCCAGGACCUUAGGCUGUCAGUACAUAGAAGUCAACAAAAUGACUGUGCCAAUAAGGAAAACAUUGUCACUUCGUUUACUGAUAAACAACAAACACCAGAAAAAUUACCUAUACCAAUGAUAGCAAAAAACCUUAUGUGUGAACUGGAUGAAGACUGUGAAAAGAAUAAUAAGAAGGACUAUUUAAGUUCCAGUUUUCUAUGUUCUGAUGAUGAAAGAGUUCCUACAAGUGUUUAUAUGAACUCUGACCCAUCUUUACCUGGAAUUUCUAUAAUGGAGAGUCCAUUAGAAAGGCAGUCCUUAGAUCCAGAUAAAAGCAUCAAAGAGUUCUCCUUUGAAGAAUCAAAUAUUGAAGAUCUAAUUAUUGUAUCACCAGACUGCCAAGAAAAUACCUUGCCAAGAGGUGUUGAGAACCCGGCUGUUCAGGAUAGUAACCAAAAAAUGUUAGCUCCUUCUUUGGUGGUAUUGAAAACAUUAACCUCUAAAAGAAAUGCGGUAGCUUUUCGAAGUUUCAACAGUCAUAUUAAUGCAUCCAGUAACUCAGAACCAUCCAAAAUGAACAUUACUUCUUUAGAUGCAAUGGAUAUUUCAUGUGCUUACAGUGGCUCAUAUCCCAUGGCUAUAACCCCUACUCAGAAAGGAAGAUCCUAUAUGCCAUAUCAGCUGAAACAUCAUCCUCUCUUCAGCGAUGUGGACUGGGAAAAUCUGCAGCAUCAGACUAUGCCUUUCAUACCCCAGCCAGACGGUGAAACGGACACAUCCUACUUUGAAGCCAGGAAUAACGCUCAGCAGCUGACCGUAUCUGGAUUUAGUCUAUAGCACGUACAUUUUCCUUUUAGUCGAACCUCGUAUUAUAGAAUAAGCUUGCGUAAUUCUAUACUCCUUAAUACUAGAUUGAUCUAAGGGGGAAAAUCAUUAUUUCACUUAGGUUAAUGUGCUUUAAAUGCAUGUUACAGCUUUCACAGAGUUAAAAGGCUAUAAGGGAUAUAAUCAGUAAUUUAUCUUAAUCUCAGAACUGUAUAUAAGUCUUCUAAGCUUAUUUUCAUCUUAUUUAUUUUGUUUACUGCACUUUAUGAAAACUACAGCAUCAAUAAAACUAGAAUGACACUAA